AAUUCACAAGUUAUAACGUCAUUGUCAAAGUUAAUUGAUGUUUGUUGUUUUUGUUUACAAUUUGUCUACGAAUUAAAAAUGACUGAUAAUAAAUGUAGAGUAUGCCUAGAAAAUACAAAUGUAUUGAUAAAUAUUUUUAAAAACACUGACUCAGGAAUGAUAUCUACUAAUAUAAUGUGUAUAACGGAAAUACAAAUACACCCGAACGAUGGACUACCUAAUUCUAUUUGUAAACGUUGCAAUACAAAUUUACAAAAAUGUAUAGAUUUUAGAAGACUCUGUGAGAAGUCUGAUAAGAAAUUGAGAAGUGCCUUAAUGAACAGUACAAAUGAUAAACAAACAAAUGCUGAAUAUGAACCAACAAGUAAGGAGUGUAGUACAUUAUAUGUAAAUAACGAAAAUUGUAAAGAAUCAAAGAAAGCAGUCAUAAGUAAAACUGAGACAAGUGCUUCCAAUAAUUUGAGUAUUUCCAACAAAGUUUCUCAAAAACAGCAAUGUUGUACAUGUGGAAAAAUUAUGUCAUCUAGUUUUAGGCUCAAAACUCACUUGGCAACUCACACAGAUGUUAAACCAUAUGCAUGUGUAUAUUGCAACAAGAAAUUCUCAUUAGUGCAAAAUCUUAAUGUUCAUUUAAGAAUACAUACGGGUGAAAAACCAUUCAGUUGUGCUGUAUGUGGAAAGUCAUUUGCUCAAUCAUCAGGAUUAACAACACAUAAACGAAAGCACACUGGUCAAACACCUUAUAACUGUGUUUUGUGUCCACGCAGUUUUCGCACAGUGGGACAUUUACAAUAUCAUGUCAGGCGACAUACUGGUGAAAAAAAAUUUGAAUGUGACAUGUGUAGUCGUGCUUUUAUUACACGAAGUGAUUUGAAACAGCAUAUAAUGACACAUAGCGGAGAAAAGCUUCAUGUUUGCUGCAAUUGUGGUAUGAAAUUUUCAAGGGCUUCAAAUUUAAAACGCCACGUGAAAUAUUCACAUAAUGAAGACAAAUCCUACAAGUGUACUCAAUGUCCUUCAAAAUUUAUGUGCAAAAAUGAACUUCAAAAACACGAAAAGAAACAUAAGAGUGAUUUAAAAAUAAAUUAAGUUUAAACA